AGUUUCCCUGGCAACGACGGGAUGCCUACCCAGAAGCUUAGGGACGGAGAAUGAGCAAGACAGAGAGGGAGGGAAAGAGGGUGAGAAAAAAGCGAGGGAAAGCAGAGACUCUUCACAGACCCCCCUCUCACAGAGACUUUUGGAAAGGGGUGCCGUCCUCGGUGCCCAGCGGAAAUGGAGCUGAUGAGGCCAUGCUUUGAGUCGUGAGACCCUCGCUGGCAGAGCCGUGCAUGGACAAUGCGUGUGCCGUUACGACCCAGGAGCUGCUGUGUGGCGCUCAGUCUAUUCCUGCUCACCUUGAUGCUACAGAGUCUCUGGGUUCCCCCGCAGACGGCGACAGGUGACCUCCGGGGACUGGCACCUGCUGAUCGGGGGGGCCCCCGGAGCAGCGUGCACAGACUGUCCCUGCGCCUGGAUGCCCUCAGCUCCCAGGUCCAACGACUGAGCCGCGAGAGGGGCGGCACGCCAUCACCACAGCAGGACCUCACCCAGCUGCUACUACGGUUCAAGGAUGACCACGGGAAAUUGGUGCGUUCCAUGGAGAAGGAGCUGUUGCUCAUGUCGCAGAAGCUGGACCGGCUCCUGCAGAGGACCCCCCCGCCAGCACCCCAGGAGCACACUCCCCUGCCAGCUCUCUCUCAGGUGUGUGAGGUUCCUCACCAUCCCAGCUUCCCCCUGUGCGCUGGAAAAGUGGAGUUCCUGAGAGCCAGCUGGCGCUCUGACCCGUGCUAUGCCUUCUACGGCGUGGACGGCUCCACCUGCUCCAUCCUGGCCUACCUUAGUGAGAGGGAGGAAUUCUGCCCCCUGCUGCCCGGGCAUAACCGCACCACUCCACACUCGAAACACCAGCCAGCACAGGAGAAGGAGAAGGCAUUGAUUCGGACUGACCUAAGCCCCCUUUAUAAAUUGAUGGGAAGUGGCUGGGGUCCUGCAGUGAAAUUCAUGUGGUCUAGGAUAGAAAGGCUGGCGGCCAGGUGGACAAAAGCUGGGGAGAAAGUGUGGCGGAAAAUCUCACAUAGAUCUCCUAGUCAGCUCAGGGUUCUGCUGUUCCCAGGGGUUCUGGCUGGAGGUGGAGGCCAGAGUUUUGGGGAGAUGGUGGAACGAGGUGGUCCCCUCGGGGAGCUGGUGCAGUGGGCAGACAUUAGUGCUGCCUUCUUCAUCUUGGGCCACAACCUGACCUUCACGGUCUCUCAGGGCCACCUGCUCAGCCUCAUAGGAGCUGCUCCGGGCAGGGGGAGCUGCCCCAUCCAGAGCCCCAUUCCCUUUGACCUUAUCUACACUGACUACCACGGUCUGGCUCAGCUUCGUGGGGUCAUGGGUCUGUCCUUCCAACACUACCAGUGCCGCUUUAGAGUUCUCGACUCCUUCGGCACGGAGCCCGCCUUCAACGUCGGGGAGUAUGCACGCCAACGAGGCUACAGUACCGUGUGGGGUAGCUGGGGGCUGGAGACCCAGCAGUACAUGACCAUGUUCCCACACACUCCUGAUAACUCCUUCAUGGGCUUUGUGAGCGAGGAUGCGGGACACGGUCGCCAGGUGCAGCCUCAGAGGAAGGACAACAUCGCCGUGGUCUAUGGCAAGCAGGCCUACAUGUGGCAGGGUAAGGAGCGAUACCUCGAGACGAUUAGCCAGGAGCUGGAGAUCCAUGGCACCGUGUUCCUGCCGGAAGGACAACCUUCUCUGCUGCCCAGCUUUGUCCACAACCACGGCCUGUUGACCCAAGAGCAGCUACAGCAGCUACUGAGGAGAGCCAAGCUUUUUGUUGGUCUUGGAUUUCCGUACGAGGGCCCAGCUCCCCUGGAGGCCAUCGCUCUGGGGUGUGUCUUCCUCCAGCCUCGCUUCCAGUCCCCUCAUUCCUCUGAAAACAGCAACUUCUACAAGGGGAAGCCAACUACGCGUCAGGUCCACUCCCAGCAUCCCUAUGCCGAAGACUUCAUCGGCAAACCUUACGUGUGGACCGUGGACAUUGAUAACACUACUCAGGUGCGAGAAGCUGUCAAGGCUAUCCUGAGUUUGGAGGUGAAUCCUUUCAUUCCCCAUGAGUUUACCUGUGAGGGGAUGCUGGAGCGCGUCUAUGCUUACAUCACGCACCAGGACUUCUGCAGCACGUCUCUCCCCGCUUGGCCUGCAGAGGGCGCUCUGGUUGUGCAGCUGGCUCCGCUCGGCCAGUCAUGCAUCUCCAUGUGCAAGCAGACCUCCCUGGUUUGUGAGCCUGCCUUGUUUCAUCACCUCAACAAUCCAGCUGCCUUCAAGAGACUCGGGCUGACUUGUGCGAGCACUGAGGAGGAGGUGGACCAUCUGUUCCCGGCGUACAGCCCCUGGGGACGCCGGUGCUCUCUGCAGAAGGACAGGCUGCUGUACAGCUGUGCCGGUUCACACCCCUCCUACCGCAGGUUGUGUGCCUGCCGGGCCUACCAACCGGGACAGGUGGCGCUCUGUCCCGGCUGCCUGUAGAGCACCCAUAAGGACGGAGGAACAUUCUGGAACACAGCGACCUCUCGGCAUGCGUCCUCAAGGAAUUCACUCCAGCUGAUCAGCAGUGCCAUGACCAACUUGGGGCGGAAUCCAAGAGACACUUCUUCCGACACUCCAUUAACGGCGGGGGGGGAGUUUUUUCCAAUUAUUCAUUUUCCACUUCAGUUUGUUUUAUCAUUAAAGACAGGAAUACCAAUUAAGGCGGGGCUACGAGCCAUCCGAGGCUGCCGACUUGCCCCGUCUGUGUCUGCAUGAGCGUGACAUGGCCACG